AUGAAAAAUGUGCAAUUGAUUGUUGAUGCGAAUCGCGAAGAUGAUGGCGGGCGCAAAUACCUUGUCAAGGUUUUUCGUAUAAGAGAGCCGACAAAGCGGAACCCUAAUCCCUGUCACUUUAGCGUCCUCGCAGAACUUCAACCUCCAACGUUACGAACCACCUUGUGCUUUCCAAAACCAAACUAUUCAACCCACAAAAUCUUCAAGGUAUGCCGCUCAGGCCAAUCAACGACGUCCAUGGCUAAUAAAUUCUUCUAGAUGUUCUCACGAGCUGCAAUCCGUGCCUCCUCCUCGACCUCGAUGGUCGCCCGUCGUGGCUUCCACUCCACUCGCGCGCAAAUGGGCUCCCCAUACCAUUACCCCGAGGGCCCACGAAGCAACAUCCCAUUCAACCCAUUGACCAAGUUCUUUGCCGUCAGAUACUGGACCUUUAUGGCUGUUGGAUUUGGUGAGUGCUGCAGAUGCCGAAGCUGGGCCAUUAGGCUAACCCAGGCACAGGUGCUCCAUUCGGUAUUGCAGUUUGGCAGACAAAGAAGAACCAGGGCUAGAAGGUCAUCCAAGAGUGUACAGCUAGGCAUUGUUUAUAGACUUGGGGAAUACGAUGGGGAUUUUCAAAAUAUCUUUUUUUGCAAAAGUGGUCUGAUUUGGUCAUUUCGCUGGCAUACGGAAACCCCAGGAAAAUGAAAAGAGACUCAUGAACCGACUUGCCCUUGAGAAUGCUCAACUUCUUCUUUAGUACGUCAUAUCAUAUUUGUGUAUUGCGGGGUAAUCAAGGCACAUCAAAGAUUUUGGAUAUAUGUUUGAGGGUCUAUCUAAAAAUGGCUCGCUUGGGUGGAGGUGUUAGUAUUUCAGACC